ACAGAGUGGCAUCGUUUCCGGUAAAAUUAUCCGCGGAAGUACGCUUUGUUGCGAGCCAAACGUUUGAGCUUGUAUAUUUAAAAGCAGUCAAUUUGUAUUGUGGAUGAUGGGUGAAGUUAUCAUCAGCACCAGCCUUAAAGCAAAGGUUUCCUUUUUUCAAACUGCUUCAGAUUUAAGAAGUAACAAUAGAUAUUGUGAUGCAAUUGUACAUGUGGGGAGGAAAAUUUACAAUGCCCAUAAACUUAUCCUAGUCUCCUACUCAAAAUAUUUUGCUGACUAUUUCCGCUUGUCGGUAAUUAACAAUUGUGGUGUCGUUCUCUCAGAUAUAAGUGAAGAGAUGUUUAGCUAUGUGCUAGACUAUAUGUAUGGCCAAGAGAUCCAUGUGCCAGUUAGUUGCUUGGGAGAUUUGUUGAAAACGGCAAAAAAACUGGAGGUACAGGACAUGGUCCAUCAAAUUGAGAAAGGGCAGUUUGGUAGGAGAGAGAUUGGUGGAACAGAAAGCAUUCUGAGUGCCAUGCCUCCAGAGGAUCCCACAGCAAACAAUGACAUAGGAUCUGAAUGUGGCACUGAUAUCAUACAAAACCAAAUGGCAUUCAGUAAUUCAUUAAACUGCGAUGAAAAAGAGGCAAUGGUAGAAAACAUGGAUGAUGGUAAAUUGCUUGCAACCGCGGUAAUAUGCAAGCGCUUAGAAGAGGUGGGUGGGCCCAGUGGCACUCAGAACAUGGCUGAAUUCAAUCCGCCAGAUUCUGGGAUUGGAAGUAAUUCUAAGGGCAACUUUUUCUGUGUAAGCUGUAAAUCUUCCUUUCCCAAUGUAAAAGAAAAAUGUCUUCACUUUUUAGCCCAAAAAUGCUCUGGGGUUUUGCUCAAGUCGAUGCAAGUAAGUGUUAACCGGAGGUUAAGAAACAGAGGGAAAAGUCCAUUUUACACAACCACCUCAAACCAUGUGUGCUACACUUGCUAUAAGGGUUUCAUCUCUAGGUCUUCACUUGUAAGACAUAUUCAACUGAAUCACAACAAGAAAACAGCAAAGAAGUUUUCAAAGGGUCAGAAAGGUGAUAAAAAAACUUUGAAUGGCAAACAGACCUUAAAAAAUAUUCCGUUUCAGUUGAAGGUUCCCAUAUUUGAAGGAGAGGAUAGGAAUGUUAUAUCAACUGAAUUAACAAAAAUAUUUAAUAGGUGUGAACUUUGUGGUACACAGUUUGAGAAUGCAAAAGAACUUGUUGAACAUCAGGCAGAUAGUCAUGGACUGGGAAUAUUUCAAGAGACCUUCCAUUGCCCUGAUUGUUCUGAGAUGUUCACGAUCAAGGAAUUAUAUAGAUUGCAUCAACAAUCAACCCAUAAAAAAACCCUCUACAUCUGCACAGAGGAGGGUUGUCAUGUGAUGUGCUCAACAAGCAAAGACAUAAUACUUCAUUUGAAAGAGGAGCACAGUACUGAUCCUCCAUUCAAGUGCUGCAUAUGUGGCCAUGCCGUUACAGUAAAACAGAAUCUCAAAAGGCACAUUUAUCUUCAUUAUGAUCAAUGCAGAAACUUUCGUUGUGGAAUAUGUAAUAAAGUGUAUAGGGCAGAGAAACAGCAGUUACAACACAGGUACUCUAAGCAUGGUGUGAUUGAUGAAGAAAAAGCUCUACGUUGUACACAUGAUGACUGCUCCUACCUGACAUACCACUUGCCUAAUCUUGAGAGUCAUCUGAAGGCCAAACAUUUAAAUGAGAAGAAUUUUACUUGCUCACUGUGCAAUAGGAAGUACUCUUCUAAAAGCUCACUGGCCGGCCAUAAAGUGAUUCAACAUGAAAUGCGUUAUGCAUGCAAUUGCCCACAUUGUGGCAAAAAAUUGAAUGAUAAAUCCAUGUUAAAAGUUCAUCUGAAGACAUGCAGAGGAGAAACCAAGUCUUUUUUGUGCACUCAUUGUGACUAUACCUGUCACUGGGAAAGUUAUCUUGAAGGCCACCAGUAUGUAAAACAUGGUAUACUGCCCACCAAAGGUCAAGUUUACAGUUGUGAUAUGUGUGACUACAAGACUGUAAGGAAGGAAGGGAUGAAGCGUCAUAAGACUACUCAUAUAGAAGGGGCAGAAAGAGAUGAAUGUAACAUCUGUGGUAAAACUGUUAAGCAAGGUUCAUUGAAAACACAUAUGAGGGUCCACAGAGACACAUAUGACUAUCAUUGCCCAUAUUGCAGUUAUAAAACAAGGACGAGCACUCCUUUCAUCAUGCACGUUCGUUACCAGCACAAAGAAGUUGGGAAAAGGCCAUACAAGUGCAAUUACUGUGACCACAGGACAAAUUUGAAAUCAAAUUGUGUAAAGCACAUUAAAAACAUCCAUAAAGGAAAAAAACCUGUAGUUAUUCACCUCAGUGACAAUGACCUGUAAAGACUUGGCAUGUAUUGAAAUUGCUACAAGUUCCAGCUCGUACUUUACCAGUGGGACUUAAAACAAAUAUUUUAGGAUUUGCAAGAAGUGCACAGUGACUGUAGAAAAUUGGGAAAAGAAGAAUGGAAACUGAAAUCGAGAGAUAGUGCUUUAAUUGUAUCAGCCAGUUUGAUAUUACAGUAUAUGGUGAAUAUUAAUGGUUUCUUAACAUUUUAUAAUAAUUAAUUCAGAAUAAAAAUUUUAUUUUUCCUGCAUAUGGAAA